UUUUUGUGGUUAAAUUUAAUUAAGUUAAAUAGCCUAAGGGGAGACCCUUUACCAACUUAAAAAUUGUAAUAAGAAAAAUUUUCUCAUUGGUAUAAAGUAAACAACAGGAAUGAGAUAGAAAAAAUUUUUUCUUGAUGAAUAUAUAAAGGAAAAAGUGGAAAAAAAUAAAAAUAUACCUACACAUAUACAGAAAAAUAUACACAAAUUUUACACCAACACAAAAACACUACGUGAGUGAAGAAAAAAAAAAAUAAAAUAAAAAAUACGCGACAUAGAAACAGCCGCACUAAAACGGGGACGGAAAACAAAAAACGUGCUAAGCUUUAAAAUUGUCAAGAAAAAAAUUAUUUAUUUAAUAAAAAAACGAAAAAUAAACAUAAUAAUCAAUAGAAAAAAAGGUGUGCAAUAACAAGAGAAAAGCAUUAACAACAACAACAUCAAAUUAACAACACCACCACCAAUAAUAAAUUAUAAUAAUAAUAGCAAAAAACAACAAAUACGCACAAUAUCGAUUUUAUAUGGUUUUUUAAGCCUAAAAAGAAAAGAGGAAAAGAGACAAAUAGUCCACAAAUGGGAAUAGAGCGAGAGAGUGAGAUAGUGAGCGAACGAUUGAAUGAAUAGAGCAGAGAAAAUAAAUAAACAAAAGAAAAACAACCGUAAAUUUCAUUUACAUUUACACACGACAGCACAAAACAAUAACAACAACAAGAGUAGCAACAACUACAAAAACAUAAAAUUCCGCUUAAAAAUAAACAACUCUUGAAAAUAAGAAUAGAAAACAAAAACAACAACAACAACAAAAAUUCUUAUUGUGUGUUAUUGAAAAACCUUGAAUAAAGUCCGCUAAAAAACCAUAAAAGAGUAGAGAAAAAAAAACAAAAACAAACAAUUUGUAAACACGCAAAAAGGAAAAAAAUAAAAAAAAAAACAAUUAACAGUGUUGCUAAACGUUUGAAAAUUUUGAAUAAAAAAAAAAACUAAAAACAACAAGCAAAUCGUGUGAGUGCGCAACAACAACAAUAUACGACGAUCAGUUUCUUCUUUUUUCGUUAAUAUUUUUUUUUGCCGUAUCAGAAUUAGCAGCACAAAACAUAACAAGUAAUAGAAAUACAAAAAAAGUAUCUUACUAGUUCAUGGCCACCGGUUCUACAACAACAAAUAGAAGCCUUAAUAUCCCGCCCACCCAAUUACUCCAAAAUAACAGCAGUAGCAGCAGCAACAACAACAACUCAAAUAUAAAACUCACAAACAACAAUUAUAACAACAACAGUAAUACAACCACCUUAAAAUUAACAACAACAACAGCAACAUCUAUUAAAAGUGGUCCUUUAACAACCACCAAGAGCAGCAACAACAGCAGCAGCACCACCACCACCACCAACAGUUUAAAUAACAGCCUCACCAUAAGCAGCAAUAAUUUAAAUACCAGCAACAGCAGCAGUGUUACGGUUACGGCCGACGCUGCCACUGUCGCUAUAGCUAAAGAUAUGUUGCAAUUGCAUCAUGGUUCAGCUCUCAGCAAUAACAAUAACAAUAGCAUCAGUAAUACUACCAACAAUAGUGAUGAUUUAAAUUCUUCUCCUGCUCAUAACAACAAUAAUACGAAUUCCUCUUCUGCCUCUUUAAAUCAUAAUAAUCGGAAUAAUUCCAAUAAUACGACGACAACAACAACCCCACCUGCCCCUUUACAACAAUUUCAAUUGCAACAACAACAAAGACCACCGCCACCACCCGAUCAUGCUGUCGGCUAUUUAAAAUAUGAAGAUGAAUUUCUUUACAUCACCGAGGCCUGCACCAUAAUCGGUCGUAAUUCAUCAACAUCUCAUGUUCAUUUUCAUGUGGCCGAAAAUAAUCUAGUGUCGCGCAAACAUUUUCAAGUACUGUUUGAUGCCGAUACUCGUGAUUUCUAUGUACAAUGUUUGAGUAAGAAUGGUAUAUUUGUGGAUGAUUUCUUGCAGAGGCGCAAUGCCGAUCCUUUAAAAUUGCCAGCAAGUUGUUAUUUCCGUUUUCCCAGCACUGAGAUACGCAUACAAUUUGAAAGUUUCUUGCAUACGGAUUCACCCACAAAUGUGGUUGUUGGUGGUGUUAAUAAUUUGAGUAAUAACUCUUUGAAUAACAAUCAUCAUCAUAAUAUUUCUUCCUCAUCCGCCUCUUCUCAUCAUCUUAUAAGUGGCCAUGGUGGUGGCAGUGUAGGCAAUGUUCAUCAAGUUAUUAUAUCACCUGCUUCAGCCGAGGAAUUACAUCAGCAGCAAUUGCAUGGUGGCGGCGGCGGAGGAGGUGGCGGUGGCAUUCAUCAAAUGCAGCAUAUAUCAUCGUCUCAGCAGCAGCAACAACAUUUAAGCUCUUCAGGUGGUUCUCAUUUACUACCUAUGGAUAAUUCGAAUGUUAUUUAUUCACCACUUAAAAUAUCUAUACCCAAAAAGGAACAAAAGUCUCCUUAUUUAUCACCAACUGGUACAAUAAGUGCAGCCAAUAGUUGUCCGGCUAGCCCGCGUCAAGGUUUUCAUCAGAAUCAAAAUAAUUAUAAUAAUUAUAGUAAUAAUAAUUUACAAAAUCAACAAGAUUUAUUCCAAACGCCCUCAACGGCCAGUUAUAAUCAUAAUGAGAAACCACCUUACAGUUAUGCUCAAUUAAUUGUACAGGCUAUAUCCGCAGCACCAGAUAAACAAUUGACAUUGUCGGGCAUUUAUUCAUUUAUUGUUAAACAUUAUCCUUAUUAUCGUAAAGAAACUAAUAAGGGUUGGCAAAAUUCCAUACGUCAUAAUCUCAGUUUAAAUAGGUUUGUAUUUCAUAAAGUUGCACGCUCUCAAGAUGAACCCGGCAAGGGUAGCUUUUGGCGCAUUGAUCCUGAUAGUGGCGCCAAAUUAAUAGAUCAUAGCUAUAAGAAACGUCGCCAACGCAGUAGCCAAGGUUUUCGCCCAUCGUAUGGCAUGCCACGUUCAGCACCUGUUUCACCAAGUCACAUGGAAUAUUCGGCUGAUAAUUCACGUGAAAGUUCACCGCUACAAGAUAUUGUUCUACAAUCAGCACCUGGUUCACCAGGCAUGUCUUUGGAAAAUCGUAAUGUUGAUAAUGAAAUUAUUUAUCAAAAUCAGAAUAUUCAACAAUCCAGCGCUAAUAAUACCCAACAAUUCAGCAGCAGCCCCUAUUAUAUAACAAAUCAAAAUACAUUUAUAACACAACAACAUCAACAGGAAAUAGGUGGUGGUGGUGGCGGCGGCGGAGGUGGUGGUGUAGGUGCUUUAAUUGCUCUCAAACGUAAUCAUGCAAUGGCUGCUGGUACUGGUGGUGGUGGUAAUACGGUGGUAACUUUGCAACAGCAGCAGCAACAUCAUCAACAAAAUCUACAAGGUCUACAUCCAGACAUUAUCUAUGAGGAAAUGCCCACAGAUUAUAGUGGUAAUAUGGAAUCAGGUGAUGAUGAAUGUGAUGCUGGUGCCAAAAGGCCAAAAGUUGAAGUACUCUGAUGUGUAUGACAACAGCAACAACAAGAAAACGUAAAAAAGAAUAAGUAAAAGAAGAAAGAAAAAAAAAAACAACUACAACUACGGCUAGUGUUGUUGACAAAUAAUUAUCAUCAUUAUAUAUAACAAAAGAAAAAAAAAAA